AUGCUAAUAAUUAUUUUGAGUAAUAUUACCAUUAGUGUCCACUGCCUUUAAAAGAAGCCAGAGAAAUCACUUCCUUUUGCAAUGUGCAACUUACAUUUAACAUUGGUUUUGAUUUUGAUAAUAUUUAUACAAUGAUGUGUAGGGACAUGUUGUACAAACAUGUACUUUCCUUUGUGGGUUUACACAAUCGAUGAGGACAAUAAUUUAACGAUGUUUGGAGUUGUAUUUUAUUUAUCUACAGUCUGGAUACGGGAUACUGACUGGAGUGCAAAAACAGAACUAGCAUCUUGUCGGUUGGUAUCGGGCCUACUUCUCUCGCGCUGACUAUGGCGGCUUACGGCGCAACUUUCAAUUUGGUUUACGAGGUGGUGGAGGAAGAGGGGCAAAUAGAGCCAGCCCUAAAGAAACUCCGUGAGCCGGGUGAAGGGCUCCCUCUCUUGGCCGUCGACUUAGAGGGGGAAAAACUCAGCCGGGCAGGGGAGCUCGUUAUCCUGUCUGCUGCAACAGAGAAGCACACUUUCUUGUUUAACAUCAAGAAGUUGGGAUCCGGGGUGUUCGACAAAGGCCUUAGGGAUCUUCUUCAGGAUCCAGAUCGUCAGAAGUUGAUGUUUGACUGCCGCCAGGACUCAGACUGUCUCUGGCAUCAGUACAGCGUCAAACUGACCAACGUACUGGACUUGCAAUUGAUGGAGGUCGUUCAUCGGGGUGAUCACAUGAAACAGAACGCCGUUGUAGCAUCGCUGGCUUACUCGUCAUCCGGGUACCUCCCAAGGGUCAACGGCUUCAAGAAAUGUCUCCAGAAGUACAACGUCAAAGACCAUGGCAUCCUUCAAGCCAAGGAGCGUGGUAGCCAGGUGAUGAAACGUGAAGGGGUCUGGCUUGAGCAACCUCUGCAGAAGGCUCUUCUAGAAUACUCUGCAGCCGACGUCAUGGGGUUUUACAAACUGUACGAGAAGCUGAAAAGCGUCGUGCGUCUGAACAACCACGCUUUAGUAGAGGCAUCGAAGAACUACCUUGAGUUCUUCCGCUCUCGUGCUGUCCGCACCAACGAUACGUUCGAGAGGAACGGGUUCGUACCUUGGCGUAUUUUUCCAACCACACCGGGCACCGGGCCGAUCACCACGUGCCAGAAAUGCAGACAGGGUUUCCCGCGUUCUGAUUUCAGGCAGAGAGGACAACAAAUUUGUCCUGUCUGCGUCAAAGUCACGACGGAAGUCAACAAGGGGUGGUAUUAAAAAAGAGCUGCGAUCAACGGAAAAGUCUCAACAACGACAGGGAAAAAUAUAAACAGUUUUUCAAAACAAAGGUACCGUUGUUCAACCUAUACAUAAGCAAAUUUUAGUUUGCUUGUUCAAACUGGGCAACUAGCUUUAUAUUAUUAUUAAGUAUAACAUAGGAAGUGUUAUAUUUUGUCAUGUCAUAAAUUGAAACCAAGGCCCAAUUUCACAGAGCUGCUUAAGCACAAUAAAGACGAUAUUAAGCGCAACAAAAUAACUGCUUACCACUACUAGAAUAUGGUUACCAUGUCACAUGUACAACCUGUGGCUUGUAUCCUGCUCAUAAUAUCUGCUAAUCAGAAAUUUGUUAAGAAAUGUUUUGUGCUUAAGCAGCUCUAUCAAAUUGGACCCAGGGUUGGUUCAAAUCUAAAUUUCGACGAAACAAGCUUUUCGUGCUUUGUUUGCAUGGGUGCGUUACGGACCAGGGUCAAGUCACACAAGUAAUCUUGAGAAAAAAACAAGAUCAAAACGCGACUAUGAGCAUUUUUUUUGUGUGUUAAACAGCAUAAAGAUCAAAGGUUUUAUGAUGCUCAGACGUUAAUUAAUUUCAACACAUUGACGAACAAAUUUACAAUCAUGUAUACAAUUUUAUUCCUCACUAUUUGUUUAAAUUAAUACGUUAGUUUUGUGAAACUGAAAGUAGGAUACGGAAUUUAUUUGGAGAUGUUUACACUUUCAAGAAUUAAAUACCCAUGCGGGUAAUAAGUACUCAAAUAAUGACCCUUAAACGAACACGUUGCCUUGGAUCGGUCGAGUUGGUCUUUGAAAAGCGUUUGUAACCGUUUGUUAUAAAUUGCAUAUGAUUAGAAAGAGGUUUUAAAAGUAGAAUACAAUGAUCCACACAAAUUUGCCUCGAAAUUGCAAUUUUAUAUAGUGGUUUAGCAGGGUUUCUAGAUCUGGUCAGUCAUUAAUUUACACUUAUUUGGGUUUCAAGACAUACAGUUUAGAAUACACCAAGUGUUUAUGUGCUGCAGGUCAUCCUGGAGUGCCACUUCAUCAUCUUGAUUUUUAAUGACUCUAUACAAGACAGUGUCAUCUGCAUACUGACGGAGAUUAGAUUGAAUGCAAAAUGGUAAAUCAAAAGCAAAGAUAUUGAAAAGAAUAGGUGCUAGAACAGCACCCUGUGGCACGCCAGAAUGAACUGCAGCCCAGUCAGAUGAUAAACCCAUAAACUGAACCCGCUGUAAUCUGUUUGAAAGAUAAGACUUAAACCAGUGCAACAUUGAGCCACAAGUACCAUCUUUAUGUAAUUUGUUCAAAAGAACUGUGUGACUCACGCGAUCAAAAGCUUUUGACCAAUCAAGAAAUAUAGCAUCAAUGCGGGGCGGUUUUGAAACAUCAAGAGCAGUGGCCCAGCUAUGAUAAAGAGUUGUCAAUUGAGUAACGCAAGAUCUUUUAGGCAAGAAAGCUUCAAAAUACUUGAUUUAAAGAUAAUAAUAAAUGUUCCAUGAUAAUGUUGUAUGUAUUGGGUGAAUAUAGAAGGACAAUAAUAAAGAAGUAAUUACCUGAAAUGUAGAGGAAUAAAACGA